AUACAGUAUGUAUAAAAGAGCAGAAGAAAACUUUUCCACGCAUCACCUUAACCACCAGCGAGUCAAUAUGUUGCAAACUCACAAUGGCAAUUUUAGCAAGCAAACCCGUUUCCAAUGAACCUACAAGACAAUCUAAUAAAUUGCGGUCAAUAAACCAUGAAAUUUGCGCACCAUUGCGAUUGAACAUCGCCCUACACCGCCUAUUUACUUUUCCCGCAUGUUUUGAAGUUGAACCAGGACAUUUGGCCGAAGCUGGACUUUUUUACAGGAAAACCACCAACUCAGUAAUUUGUUGGUUUUGCGAAUGUGAAUUCAAGACCAGCGAAUUGGACUGUUUGAAAGGCAAAAAUGCAAAUGAAAUCUUACAAAUGAAAUCGAGUUGUAGCAUCAAUCACGAUUCGUCGGGCAAUAUCCCAAUUGGAAAUAUUUCAAAAAUCGUAAAUUACAAAUUUGAGUCGCACCGAUUAUAUUCGCUGCUGCAGAAAAAAGAUUGGGAAUUUGUGAAGCCAGUUGAAUUGGCCGCAUCCGGGUUUUACUACGCCGGUGUGGAGGACAGUGUUCGCUGCAUUUAUUGCAAUUUGGAAGUGCGCGGGUGGGAAGAGGGGGAUACACCCAAAACGGAACACAUUCGGUGGAAUCCGAAUUGCCCAUUUUUAAAGCAGCCAGAUAGCGUAGUCAACAUUAAAAUUGGCCACGAGCAAACGGAAGCAUAUAGCGAUGGAAUUGGAUUUAAUAAAAUUGGUUCAAAUCCCUUCAGUCCUUUAACUGGUUUUCCUGAAAACUACAAAAUGCGCAUGUUAGCAAACGAUCCCUUCAUAACACCCUCAGAUUUGAGUAUCCAGCAAUGGAAUCCACCGCGGCACCCAGAGAGAAGUUUAAUCUUGAAGCGAAUGGAAUCUUUUAAAAAUUGGCCUAAAGGACUUUCGCAAACGCCUGAUGUCCUUGCAAAGGCCGGAUUUUUUUACACCGGUUGUGGGGAUCGUGUCAUUUGUUUCCAGUGCAGCCUCGGGCUAAAGGACUGGGCUCAGGAUGAUGAACCUUUCACAGAGCACGCAAAAUGGAACCAGGGAUGUCAAUACCUCAUUAUGCAAAAGGGCUCGGAUUUUAUACAGCAAAUGCUACAUGGGAAAAUCAGCAAAAUCAAUACUUAGUUAUUUGGAGCACAUUAUGUUUUUAAAACGUUUUAUUUUUAAAAGAAAAAUUUAUUUCAAGUGUUGAUUUUUAUUGUUUUGCUUUUUCCCCUUUGUUUGCAUACAAAAAAUCUUUGAGAAAAAAAUGCACUUUUUUAAAUUCCAUCAAUAUUGAUUUAUUUUCAGCAAAAAUUCUUAGGAUUGUUAAUAUUUUUACCAUGUAGACACAUUCAAAGACGAGUUGUGUAUUUUUUUUUCUAUUUUUUUUUUAGCAAUAUUCAUAAUUAUUUCCAGUUGGGAUAUUACUUAACGAAUCUUACAGCUAUGCUCGCUAUCUAUGCUACAAUGGUUUGAAAAAUAAGUAAAGAAUCUCGCAAUAAUCUCGUUUUUAUAUAUCACUUUUGAAUCGCAUAGAUUUUAUCCUUUU